GCUCGGUGCCCGAGCCAUCGCAGACGCUGGAGGCUGGGCCUCGGGGCAGCAGCAGGCGGCGCGGGACUGCGAGCUGCCUCCAGAUUGACGACUGCCUACAGGUGACUCUGGCAGCCAGUCCAGCAGAUGCAGCAGGUACUGUUGGAGCCCCAGAGGCAUGGUGGUUCCACUCCUUCAAUCCCAGAACCCUGGAGGCAGAGACAGGUGGAUCUCUGAGUUCAAGGACGGCCUGUUCUACAAAAUGCCAGUAUGGACAGAAUAGCUUAUGAUGCUUAUCCCCACCCAUCACUUCCGAGACAUUGAGCGGAAACCAGAAUACCUCCAGCCAGAGAAGUGUGCCCCACCUCCCUUCCCUGGUCCUGUGGGAACCAUGUGGUUUAUCCGUGAUGGCUGUGGCAUCGCCUGUGCCAUUGUCACCUGGUUUCUGGUCCUCUAUGCGGAGUUUGUAGUCCUCUUUGUCAUGCUGAUUCCAUCCCGAGACUACGCGUACAGCAUUGUCAACGGAAUUGUGUUCAACUUGCUGGCCUUCCUCGCCCUGGCCUCCCACUGCCGGGCCAUGCUGACGGACCCCGGGGCAGUGCCCAAAGGAAAUGCCACUAAAGAGUUCAUCGAGAGCCUUCAGCUGAAGCCUGGGCAGGUGGUGUACAAGUGUCCCAAGUGCUGCAGCAUCAAGCCCGACCGGGCACACCACUGCAGUGUUUGUAAGCGGUGCAUUCGCAAGAUGGAUCACCACUGUCCUUGGGUCAACAACUGUGUCGGCGAGAACAACCAGAAGUACUUUGUCCUAUUCACAAUGUACAUAGCUCUCAUUUCCUUGCACGCCCUCAUCAUGGUGGGAUUCCACUUCCUGCAUUGCUUUGAAGAAGACUGGACAAAGUGCAGCUCCUUCUCGCCGCCCACCACUGUCAUCUUGCUCAUCCUGCUGUGCUUCGAGGCCCUGCUCUUCCUCAUUUUCACAUCAGUGAUGUUCGGGACCCAAGUGCACUCCAUUUGCACAGAUGAGACGGGCAUCGAACGCCUCCAACGAACCAAACAGCCCAGGGAGCAGUCGGGCAGCUGGAAGUCGGUCCAGGAGGCUUUCGGUGGGGCCUUCUCCUUGAACUGGUUCAACCCUUUCACCAGACCUUGUCAACCAGAGAUACCCAUUGACAAGGGCUUGGUACGGCAAGUGUCGUCUCUGUCAGACAUAGACAACGUGGAAACAGCCGAGAGCCAACUGGAGGAGACAAAAGACAGGGACUCUGUGGAGGUGCUGGAUGAAUGGGGCCGUGGAGAAUAAGACACCAACAGUGGUGGCUACCCUGAUGAGAGUUGCCCAGUUCUGUCACCCCACCCUUUUCCCCGUUAGGAUUGGGUGGGUGGAUAGGAAGGGCAAUAGAGGGUACAGGAGAGUAGGGACUUCCUCUGAGUUCCUCUUAGCAGGAACGUGCCAAAAGUGACGGUCAUUAACAAUUCUCCAGUCCUGGAAGGGUGCCGGUUCUCUAUCCAGCAAGGGAAAUGGUGACCAGGAUGUUGGGGGUUGGGGAUCCACUUCUGCUUCUUGAGGGCUGCCUUGGGGAGGCUGAGGACCUUGGAGAAGAAAUAAUCUAAUGUCAAGGAAGACCAGCCUGGAAGGCUAGAGAGACUCCGGCCAUUUCCAGGAAAGGGAUUCCUUGGCUGUCUGACUGAGAAUCAGAACAAGGGAGGGGCUGCUGAGUCUGCCUUCAGGCUCGGGCUUGGUUGAAAGAGCACCCCAGACGCAUGCAUGCAUGCAUGCAUGCAUGCACAUGUACAGAGCCUACACAAAUGAAAAUGAGCCCAAGUGACAAUAGUAUCGCCAUCCUAUAGGUAGGUACUAGACUCUUCCCUCAGAAAGCAAUGUAGCCAGCCUUUCUGUGGCCUCAAGCGUGCAUUCCCAGAAGAGCUGAGACAGACAUGGGGACAGGUGCAACCAGAAAUGGCCUCCUUUGAGAGCUGCUCCCAAGACGGUGCCUCACAGGAAACUGCAUUGCUAGACCCAGUGACGCAUGCCUUCAUCCCCAGCACUUAGAGCAGGCAGUCAUACCUAUUACUUUGAGGAGAACCUGGUCCACGUGGUUCUGGCUACAUAGUGAAACCCUGUCUUAAAAACAAUAAAUAACUGUGUGGUGGCCAGGACAUGCAGACCUGCUAACCCAGGAAGACCCCAGGCACUGCUCUCCCAGGAUGAGCUUGAACCUAGUCAGCUCACUGGAGCCUGAGGUAUCUGACUGUUACUGAUGGACUGGGCAGCCUCCUGCACUCCCCAGCCCACUGCAGUGGUUGCCAGAGCAGCAGCUUCUGCAAUCUAACCAGUUAGACAGCCUCAAGAAACACACCCAACUCCCUCACCUUGAGCCAUUCCCCAGUGUUGCUGGCACUGACCCUGGCAGAGCCAGAGCAUUCUAUCACAUCUCUUGUAGCUCCAGGUGAAAGGACAUGAAUCCUGGGCCAAUGGAGCCUGUGGCCCCGGUGACAGGAGUCACUCGAGGUACUGUCUCGGGAUCCUGAGAAACGAAAGCUGUGGGGAGCCACAUGGAGGCCUGAUUCUUGGGCAGCAUCCUAGGUAGUGCCACAGGGUGUCAGCAGGGCUUCAGCAUUAGCAGGUGUGGCCUACUCCACCCCACUGCAAGUACAUGACCUCCAACCCGUCUGCUUUAACAUUUAUUAGCAAUAACAGGAGGAACUCAAGAUGGCCCUAAUUUGGCACCAUGUGGAGAGAGAUGUCCUCUGGAUGCAGGACCCCCAACCCCAAACAGCCCUGGAUGGCCCAUGUGCUGGACCAUAACCAGAGAUCGCACACCGGGGAGAAAGCAGGGCUAGUGACUGGGUCCUCAAGGAGCAGCAGUUAAAAGAAGCGAGGAGUUUGGAGUCAGGAUCUGUUAACUGAUUGUCCUUGAGGACAAUUGAAGCUAAAACUAGUCUUCCUCGGGGACAGCUCGACCUGCGGCAGAGGUACCCCCCAGCCCGCAGCCAUUUGUUUCCAGAGGGCUUCUCCAGGAAAGGUUGAAGUGUAUGUUUUGCUCUUACAGUUUUAGGUCCUCCACACUCAUCAGCAAACCCAUUACCAUGUUAGGCCUCAGCCAUUUAUCUUCAGUGUCCAGGACACUGGACAGCCAGGAUCAUGUAGGUAGUCGUCUGUCCAGCCCUGGGCCGUGUGCCUUCACACCAGAACACAAUGGCCUUCUCUCUGUGGCACCUCCGGAGAUUCUCCUCAGCACUGCAGCUGAUAAGAGGAGGCUCAGUGUUUCUGGGCCAGGGGCUGCUUGCACACCUGCCUCUUGCUUUGAAUAAAAGUUCUUUGGUCUA